CGUAUUUUUAGUAGAGAGAUAACUUGCUGUUUCUCUUCUCUUUCUUAUACAGUUGCUGUAAUAAAAUGGAAUCACUGCGAACAGUUAUUUCUCGGUUAUUCGUAGACAUCCACGAAAUACCAACGCCAGUAACUAUUCCCCUAAAGCUUCCCUCUUACCCCAUCUUUCUUAUAAAAAAAUUGUUUUAGGAGUGGCAACAUGGAGAAAAGCAAACCAUUUAUGGAGUUUUUAACAGAAAUCCCUCAAAACGACGUCGACUCGAUCUACUACAUCCUGGAACAACCAAUGACAUGCAGUAUGAUAAAAGUGUAGUUCAUUAUACCGCCUCGAGUCAUCGUAUCGAUUACGAAACUCUAACGCAUGACUUUGUUCGAGCUUGUCAAAUUAAUGGAGGCCAAGUGGCUGAACAAUUGAAAGCAAUCUUAUCGAAAUAUGGCGAAGCACCCAUCACACAAGAGAAAACGUCGAGAUUAUUUACUUUCGUACACCAUUUAUUAAAAGGGAUACCCCUUGCAUCCAGUAGUAAAACGAGUACAAGCAAACAACUUUUAUUCCCUUUGGGCGCAUUGAUAGAAGAAAUCACUCCCACCUUAUCGUUAGAUAAUUCAUUACAAUCUUCUUGGAUCAUCACCUUACAAUUCAUCUUGUCGUGCUUUCGGACCUGCCCUGAACAACAUAUCUAUCAUUCGGGUGUUACUGCCCCUAUUUUAUUAGGUCUUAUUAAACAGAUCUUAAUAGAACUCACCCGAUUUCAUACAGCAGCAAAAGAGGAAGAACUCAAUUCACUGGAACAGAAAUGCUUUCUGGUCGGUAAAGAAUUAUUGGAUUUACUAUUGAUUCGCGAUCAUGCAAUCACAGCAGAUAUGUUGGAAAAUAGUGAUACUUUGACAGAGGAUUUCACCGGCAUUGGAACACUUACUUACUACGAUGUGAUUUAUUCUAUCCCCGAGUUAUAUGGUCAUUUUCUGAAUACAACGCCUUCACCUAAUUCAACUGUCCAGCCAUCCAUUAACAACUCCGACAUAUGGCUCAUGACACUCUACUAUAUGACAACAUGUCUCUUGCAAGAUCCUAAAUUAUUGGAACGAGUACCGACGUUGAUGGCCAUCAAUAUUAUUAAACAUGUAUUGCGAGAGAUCAACACUUUACCUUCGGACCUGACAACGAUCCAAGUGCAUUGUUUGAACAAGGGAAAGGAGUUGAUUAAUUUAUUAUUAUUGGGAUCAAAUGGGGAUGGUGCUGGUGUAGUAUCUCAUUAUGAUAUUAUUGUGGCUUUGCCGGACGUCUAUGGACAUUUUUUGAGAGGAACAUUUGCACAAAGUAUCCAUUGGGCUAUGGAAAAGUUUGUGAAUGAAUUAGGAAAGAGACGGCGUCAUUUGGCGUUUUUGAUGAUGCCACCGGAUGCUUCAUGGCCCUUGAUUUCUCAAAUGAGCCGACGUCAUGAGUACAAUGAUCUGACCACAAGAACCAGUUACCAUAUGUUUGAAGGAGAUUUGAUUGAAUUUGUCAAGGAAGGAAACUCAACUAAUAUUGAAACUCAUUUUCGAGACAUGUUAUUUCAACGCGCUUCUAUGGAUGAAUUUCGACAAUUGGCCAUGUCAUUGACGCAAACCGGUUUAGAUACAACGCAAAUUAGAAAGGCCAUGGUUGCCAAAGUCAGAGAUGUCAUUCGAUGUAUCCAACACUAUAGCCGAAAUACCAAACGGGAUCCGGAUCAUGCCAAAAUGGCAGAAAAAGAAAGCGAGUCCUUUAAUCCAACAAAUGCAUCUGUACGGGGCGAGGAUAUAACCAUGAUGAUACCACAGAACAUUGAUUUAUGGGAGUUGAUGACAGAAACCGCCGAUCAAUUAUACAGCUUUGUGUCUGCCGAUUUUUUCUCUUAUGAAGACAUUCUUCAAGAUUUCUAUGAAUUGGUAUAUAAACCUAACGGAGAACCAUAUGGUCCCAAUGCCAAAGAUCAUAUCACCAAAGACAAUGGUCUGGUCUGGCUACUUUUACAAUUAUUUUACAUUGAUAAAGUUUCAACCAACGUAAUACAAAAAGAUUUUGAACAGGACGAAAAGCUGUUUGACAAAUUGGUGCGACUCUAUAAUGAACAACAAACCGAAUCAGAGGAUGCAUUUACAUUACGUGACUUGGCGUUGCAGUGUGCCGUCAAUCAUCAAAAGGCAAAUAUUAAGGACGUCACCAAUAUUAAGCAGAGACAUCCAUUGAUUGCUGCCUCAUUGCAACAUGCAGGCCUGUGUUAUCAAAUACAAGCCUAUUUUAGCAAUUAUUAUCAUAGCAAUGUGCCGACAAACUCCACAUUAUUUAGCAACCUGGAUCUCCAGGAAAUGACAAAAAUUGCGAUGGAAAGUCAGUUGAGACAGGAUGUGGUGCCGUAUACACUCUAUGUGUAUUUGGUUCCCACCAAGGCCGAGAUUGAUACACUUGGACACCCAUCGACCACCUAUGUGAAGGGCGGUACCCUGAAUUACAAGCUUUUAGAUUUGCUAUGUGUGAAUGCCAAACAUCGAUUAUUGCAGGUGAUUUAUAAAAUGAUGUUGGACAGUGAGUUGGGACCAAGAUAUCAAUCUACCUCUUCACCCGUUGCUUGUGUGCCACCCAAUGUUCUUGACGUGGUGUACAAAUUACUUUAUAGUGCUCCUUGUUCAGCCGAGUUGAUGAUCAAGGAAAUUUUCGAAAAGCUAAGAAGGUGCGAUAAAAUGAUCAAGAUGAAACGUACAACCGCAGUAUCAGCAGAAAAUGGGGAUAUAGUACAAUUGCCUGAUCAAACAAUGCGCUGGCUACAAACCAUAUUGCAAUUGAUGAAUUACCGAUUUAUCCGGUUCUUAAAGUAUUCGCCUCUAGCGUCUGGUUUGUUACAUUAUAUACGGUAUUCGAUCUCGUACCUGGAAAACAGACAGUGCUACCAAGCUUUGGAGUCAUUUACGAUCAAUAUUAUUCACAUGCAAAUGGAUGUCAAGCUACUACGUUCGUUAGACGACCCACAUCGUGAAAAACCGAUAUGGUUUGCCGAGUCCGAGAUGCUGGCACGAUUGAUGGUGUGUACAAUCAGCCGACUGAUUAAGACGCGUGGACAGGCAGAUAUCAAGACGGAUCAAAUAUACCGUGUACUAACGAGUUUGUACGAGUAUAAACUAGAAUGGACAGCUGAAGCCAAACGUUACUUUCCACCAGCUGUAAGAUCGUUUUACGACUCUCCGGACUCGCCUAAUCAAUUACUACCGACCCGUGCACCUGUUACACCGCAAAAGGUACAACACCUUAUCUCUACUAACAAGGCCAUUACGGCUUAUAUACUUCACGGGUCUGCGGAGGCCGAACGUAUUGCUUUGCAGUAUUUCUCGAUCCCGGAAAACCAAUCGAGUUUGUUGUGCACGAUGUGGGUGAUUGCUAUCACAAGAAAUACUACCGAGUGUUGUAAUAUGGCUGCAGUGCGAAAACUGUUAUUGUUGAUCCCACCUUCACGUAUGGCUACCAAUACCAUCGAUCUCGUUGAUUUUAUUCUUAGUGUGGAAUACCCGCCUAAUAGUUCUGAAUUUUUAUUUUCACUUUUGGAUACAUUUAUUUGGACAAACCAGUGGAUUAACUUUAACCAUGUCUUGUUUGCAUUAAGCAAAGGAGGAGGAAGCCUUGAUCGUACAAAUAAAGCGAUGAGUUACGUUGGCUACCUACUGUUAAGCUCACCUGAAUUUCAAAAGCGUGUGCAUAAAUGGGACAGCUUGAAUUUCAGUCAUCGUCAUUGGACCGAAGAAGAUUUCCAAGCCAAGCUGAUGCAGUAUUUGCGAGAGUACCCAGAGCAUUAUGAAUUUGAGAGUUUUGCAGUGCGACAACAAUUAGGUGAUUUACCGCAGCAACAGACCAAGUUACCGAUUUAUUUUACCAAUGUGGUGAGUGACUUCACGUCAUCUAUGGAAACGUUGAUUAUGCGAUUGAUUGAAAAUUCCGAAACGGAUUUAUUGCAUAAUGUAUUGGACAGGUAUGGACAUUUGUUUCAUCAACAUCAAUCACCACUUUCUUUUGUCACGAGUAUUUUGUUAUAUUAUCACGCAUCCGAUACAUUACGCGAUCCGAGAAUCCGAAAGCGGAUAUUACGGCUUAUCGAUUUUGAUCAAGUGGUGAUUGUACCUUCGGCAAAAAAAUAUGCGAUGGAUGAUCAAGAUGACGGAAGUGGUUUUGAUGUAGGGUAUUUCGAAAAGGUGAUUUAUAAAUUGGCUGGUAAUUUGAACCCGCCUAAAUGUGCACCGCGCACACGUCCCGAUUUACCCGAAAGACAUUUCCGAGAGAUUGGUAGUCCAGCUGUAGAAGGAAUAACGAUUGCCACAUUGGAAGUCAUGUUGACACCUGUACCACCUUCCAGUAUCAUCAAAAUGUUCUUGGAUCUACCACUGUUGCGAGAGUCACAUCAUGUGGGUGUCUCUGCCCUCACGAUGCACGCGAUUGGUCUGUUAAUCCCUCUUUUACCCCAAAAGGAAUUUGUGCACCCCAUCUUUAAAGAAUUGAAUGACUUGAUCGAGACCGACCCGCACUUACUAGAGGUGUCUGAACCUUGUCGACUGAUCCGAUGUGGUAUACCAAGAAGCGUGAAUGGAAGAUACACAAUGACACAAAGUUUGCCCGAUUUAACUACAACGGCCGUGUUAAAGGACUCGAUGAGUGCGCGACUUCGGAAGGCCAUGAUAUUCCCGUACAUCUUUAACGAUUACAAGUUUAACUUGCACAAUUAUGGAACCAAUGCUCCCAAUAGUUUCUUAACCUUGUUCCAUAGUAUUGUCCAUUACUCCAGUCUGGACAUUUUUUCCAUCUUUUUAGAGUAUUUUACAAAGCUGAGAAUGUCGGGUGCCUUAAAGACGGAUGUGCAGUUACUGUACAUGUGUUUCCUUUUAGGACCUGCUUUACAUCGUAUAGAGAAAUUAGAUAGUAGUGAUGCCGGCUUCCUGAUAGAGUUAAUGCAUAUGGUCAAACAGGUGACAUCUACCAUGGAUAUGAAGGAUGGUUGGACCACUCAAGCUCUUGAACAAGUGUAUGACUUUUUACAUCACAUCAGAACCCGCUUUAUCAAAUCCAAUGAACUCGCUACACAGUUGCGUGACAUUAUUCGAUCCAUGAAUCCACCUAUUGCACAACGAUUAUCGCGACUAGUUAUGUAAUAAAAAAGGUCACGUUUUUUUUUUAUUAUUUUUUGGUCUUGUUAAGCG